CAUCCUUGGCUGGAUUCAGUUUCUGUCAAGCUUCAGCAUUUGGCUCAAGCAGCCCAGGCCCUAUGUUCGGGCAAGCGACCAACAUCAGCGGGAACCUCUUUGGCCAGCAGACUUCUUCUGGCGGGGGUCUCUUCGGGUCUGGAAGCAGCGGCGGGAGUUUUUUCAGUGGCCUAGGAGGAAAGCCAAGCCAUGAGGCAGCAGAUAAGAACCCUUUCAGCGCCACCGGUGGGGGAUUUGGUUCCUCGGCCACCCGGAGUGGCUUUGGAGCUGCUCCUGUGCUCGGCAGCCCUCCCACUUUUGGGGGCUCCCCCGGGUUCGGAGGGGUGCCAGCAUUCGGUUCAGCCCCAGCCUUUGCAAGCCCUCUGGGCUCAACAGGAGGCAAAGUCUUCGGAGAGGGGACGGCGGCUGCCAACGCUGGAGGAUUCGGGUUUGGUGGCACAGCCAACACAGUGUCAUUCGGAACACUGGCAAGCCAGAACACCCCUACCUUUGGAUCCCUCUCUCAGCAGCCUACGCGUUUUGGCACACAAGGCACUGGCUUCUCUGCUUUCGGGUCGAGUGGAGGAGGAGGCUUUGGCUUUGGAUCGUCUAAUGUAUCCACCUCUGGGUUUAGCAGCUGGAGAAGCUGAAAGGAUGCCUGCCCAUGUUGUGGUUCUAUUGGGUGGGCAGGAGUGAAGUGAGGAGAUAUACAUAUUGCAAUUAAAUGUCAGGAUUUUUAUUUUUAAAUUAGUUUUUAU